CAAAAAUUUUAUAAAAAACACUCCCGAGGUAUGAAUUCACGAUUGAAUUUCAGGAACGAACAGGAGACGCGCCCAUACGCAUUAAUGGCGGCCACCGACCCUUAUUUACCGAAGUUAAAAUGGCCGCCCUUAGAAUUUUCGCCAGGCCCUGCGUUUCACCCAUUUUUUCAAACUUAUUGCCUAGCAAUAUUACAAAAACCACACUUUUCAACAAUUUUAAGAUCCAACAAAGAUGCAGCAGUUUCAAAAGCUCUCCAAAAGUUGGAGAUCCAUCAAAUUACACAGAAUUUGAAAUUUCAAAAGACCCCAAAGAAUGGUUCUUUGUGGAACGAAUCCUGGCUCUAAAAACUGUACCUCCUGCUCCAACUUCAACUGACACAGAAUUACCUUCAGGCUGGAAACCCCAAUCUGCGGAUGCCAAAAAAUUACCUUACUUUGUUGCCCGAACCAAAAAUCACAUGCAACCAGUCUACAUCGCACGAACACAUCGAGGUAUGCGUAGGAUUACAGAGCUUCACAAAAUUCAAGGUGACAUUUGGACUCUGGAGGCUGAUUUGAAGAAAUAUUUGGAAGAACAGUCUGGAAAGCGAGUUGCAACUCAGAUUCACGAAGUUGUGGGCCAAGUGAAUGUUAAAGGAGACCAUGUGAUCCGAAUCAAAGAAUGGCUUGAUAAAAAAGGGUUAUAGAAUAAUUAUGUAAGAAAUAGAAUAACGAUAAUUUGAUCGUUUUCCAAAGUGAAUAAAAGUUGAUUCUUAUUUAUAA